CACAACACACAGAGCCAUACUAGGGCUGGUUGUGACAGAAAGUGUAUGAUGUACGCUCUUAUGGACUAAUCCUGGCCUUUUAGUUUUUAUAAACGCUGAUAAUCCCUUCUGACGAACCUGUAAAUAUAGCCUGGAUUGAAUAUCUGUGAUAAUUCUUGUUUUUUUUGUUUUUUUUUUUGAGGGGGGAGGACAUUACAGCAGUAGCUAGCCGAGAGCUACUUUGGCGUUGACCACUGCGGACAGGUGGUGCUUCAGGAUGCUGCAAUCUUAAGAAUGCUGGUUGUCGUAGCUCUGCUCAUGAUGGCCGUGAUGGGUGAAGCUGAGGUCUGCAAAGACCUGAAUAACUGCUUCAGUGUCAAUAUCUCCAAGGACUGGUGCUACACGGGCCGGAUCCGCAGCACUGUGCUCCAGGGCCUGCCGUUUGGAGGAGUGCCCACUGUUCUCGCCCUCGAUUUUAUGUGCUUCUUGGCGCUGCUGUGUAUAUUCUCAGUUUUACGGAAGGUGGCGUGGGAUUAUGGCCGUCUUGCAUUGGUCUCUGAUGCUGACAGUAGGUGGAAUCAGCACUAUCAACGUCUGGACGAGCAGGAAUAUGUGGCCUCCGCCAUGCAAACGCCUGCUGACUCCCGAUAUGAGCGGCUCACCUCUGUGUCCAGCUCGGUCGAAUUUGACCAAAGAGACAACGGCUUCUGUUCCUGGCUAACAGCCAUCUUCAGGAUAAAAGAUGACGAGAUCAGGGAGAAGUGUGGCGAGGACGCGGUACACUACCUCUCGUUCCAGCGACACAUCAUUGGUCUGUUGGUGGUGGUGGGUGUGCUUUCUGUGGGCAUCGUCCUGCCUGUCAACUUCUCAGGAGACCUAUUAGAAAAUAAUGCCUACAGUUUUGGGCGAACUACAAUAGCCAACUUGAAGUCUGAUAAUAACCUGCUAUGGCUGCACACUACAUUUGCCUUCUUUUAUCUGUUACUGACCGUGUACAGCAUGAGAAGACACACCUCAAAGAUGCACUACAAAGAAGACGACUUGGUGAAACGCACUUUAUUCAUUAACGGGAUUGCAAAAUAUGCAGAAGAGAGUCAUAUAAAGCAACAUUUUGAGAAAGCAUAUGAAAACUGUGUAGUUCUCGAUGCACAAAUUUGUUACGACGUCGCCAAGCUGAUGUCCCUGGAGUCGGAAAGGAAAAAGACAGAACGCAGCAAAAAGUUCUACACAGAUCUGAUGGCCAAGGAGCAUGUGCCCACUAUGAUAAACCCCAAACCCUGCGGACACUUGUGCUGCUGUAUCAUCAAGGGCUGUGAGCAGGAAGAAGCGGUGAACUACUACACUAAACUUGAGUCCAAACUGAAGGAAGAAUACAGAAAAGAAAGAGAGGUAGUCAACACUAAACCUCUGGGAAUGGCGUUUGUGACCUUUCAGAAUGAAGCAAUGACAGCACUAAUUCUUAAGGACUUUAACGCGUGUCAGUGUCACGGCUGUCACUGUCGAAGAGAGCCAAAGUGCUCUCCUUUCAGCAACAUCCUCAGCACAUGUAACUGGACCGUCACAUAUGCUCCAGACCCACAGAACGUCUACUGGGAGCAUUUGUCCAUUGGCGGCCUCAACUGGUGGCUCCGCUGCUUUGUCAUCAACUGCCUUCUCUUCCUCCUGCUCUUUUUCCUCACAACCCCAGCCAUUAUCAUCUCCACCAUGGACAAGUUCAAUGUCACCAAACCCGUGGAGUACCUGAACAACCCCAUCAUCACCCAGUUCUUCCCAACCCUGCUCUUGUGGUGCUUCUCAGCUCUGCUCCCCACCAUCGUCUACUACUCCGCCUUCUUUGAGGCCCACUGGACACGAUCUGGAGAGAACAGAACCACCAUGCACAAAUGCUACACCUUCCUAAUUUUUAUGGUUUUGCUGCUGCCCUCUCUGGGACUGAGCAGUUUGGAUCUUUUCUUCCGCUGGCUCUUUGACAAGAAAUUCCUUGACGAGGCAAAAGUACGAUUCGAGUGCGUGUUCCUGCCAGAUAAUGGAGCAUUCUUUGUGAAUUAUGUCAUUGCGUCUGCCUUUAUCGGUAACGCCAUGGACCUGUUACGCAUACCGUAUUUUCUCAUGUAUAUGAUCCGCCUGUGUUUGGCUCGCUCAGCCGCAGAGAGGCGCAAUGUGAAGAAGCAUCAAGCGUAUGAGUUUCAGUUUGGAGCUGCUUAUGCUUGGAUGAUGAACGUCUUCACUGUGGUCAUGACAUACAGCAUCACCUGUCCUAUUAUUGUACCAUUUGGUCUGAUGUACAUGCUGCUCAAGCACCUGGUGGACAGGUAUAACAUGUAUUAUGCCUACCUGCCCUCUAAACUGGAUAAAAAGAUUCACUCUGGAGCUGUUAACCAGGUGGUGGCAGCGCCGAUCCUCUGCCUCUUCUGGCUGCUGUUUUUCUCCACUGUCCGCACAAGUUUUUUUGCUCCGACAUCGAUGUUUACCUUUGUGGUUCUGGUCAUCACCAUCAUCGUCUGCCUCUCCCAUGUCGUCUUUGGUCAUUUCAAAUACCUCAGCGCACACAAUUACAAGAUUGACAUGGAUGGUGUGGACAACGGAAGACCACCGGACUCAUCUCCCCCUGUAAAGUCUAUGCAGACGUAUGUCGCUCAAGUGCUGCAGGACCCGACCUCAGACGAGACGGGCAGCGGCGAGGACGAGGCGCAGGGGUCCUCGCAGGACGAGGAAGCGGUAAACGAGGGUGAUUUUCAGUCAGGAGAGGACAGCCUUAUUGAGAAUGAAGUGCACCAGUGACCUCGGCAGAGGUCGCACCGUGUGCUGAACUUCAUGAAGCUAGCAGGAGCCCAACAAACAGAGAUCCCCCACACUGCACUGUUUGGGUGUGUGAAUCUAUUUCAGCAGAUGCACUCCAUUAUCACUGGGGCUUGGAAAGCGGAUGGCCAAUUUUCAAGAAUCUGGUGUGGCUCUCGAUUGAUCAUGAUCUCCGUCACAAUCGGUCACAUUCUUUCCACAUAUAUGAGAAAUUAGUACAUAAUAGUUUCAUAAUUUUCCCUGUUCUUACAGAGGUUGGUAAGCACCGGAUUACUUAGUGUUACACACCCUUGUCUCGUUAAUAAGCUCUAAAAUGAUUAUAGGCGAUUUGCGUUUCACAUUUAAAUAUCUCUAUUAUGAUGAACUGAAAACAGUUAUAGUGCUAUUUCAGGUGGGCUUCAGAUGGACAGUUCAGUGUUGUAUUAUUCUGGACAGUAAGUAAAGGAUAAUGUAAAGUCAGCCGGUCAAUAAGGCAAAAUCAAGCCAGACAGGUUCAUCAGGACCCAGAUAUGAAACCUGUGAAUAAAGGUCUUAUUUUACUCUGAAAAUCAAAAGAAAUAAAUAUGAAAUUAGAUUUUGUAUAUAGAAAUGUAAGCCUAUUUUUAGGGCCAUUAAGCGUUUUUACAACGUGACAUUAUUUUCAUGACAGUUACGCACAUUUUACCUCCCAAUUCUCAAUACCGCAUUGCGAAAGAGAUGAUCAUUUUAAUAUUCUCAUUACCGCAAUGUGGAAAAGGUUGCAUAUUAUUUACAUUGUAAAGUAACUAUACAUCAUAGUAUUGGUAAACAGCCUUGGUAUUGCUUUUAAUUUUCGCUAAUUUUGAAUUUAAAUCAGUAAAUUGUACAGCAUCUGUUUUUUACUGUUAUAUUGAAAAAAAACUGCCUGUGUUACGGUAAUUAUUAUAAUUAUUAAAAACAACCAUACGUGUUACGGCAAUGCGAAUCGUGGUCUAAAAUAUGUUUAAGUGUCCUCAAAAUAAUGUCACAAUGCAAAAAGUCUUAAUUGUCCUAAAUGUCGGUUUUAUUUUCUUUAUGAAAAAUACAGUUUCUCAUUUUUUGUAUUGAUUUGGGGUUAAAAAUGACCAGGACAUUUUCUUGAUCGGUUUCAUGCUGAAAUAUAUAAAUGAUAAAAUUAAAAUUUUAUCAUUUUAAAUAUAUAAAAUUGAUUUGAUUUGUAAGUAUCUUUUAUGUGAGAUGAAAAAAACAAGGAGUGAUACAAGAGACAAAAAAAUAGCACAGCUAGCAAAUCAGUUGCUUUGGGACAACGGUGAUACAGUUUAGUGGUUGCCACCAUCCAAUCAGAAUUAAGUAUUCCAGGGAGCCAUGUAAAAAACUGCAAUAAUAUGUGUUUUUUUUUGUUGUUUUUUUUACUUCAGCUACACUAUUUCUCCAUAUAUAUAUAUAUAUAUAUAUGAGUUUGUCUAGAGAUCUUUUUGAAUGCCAGUAUUGUUUUGGCCCAUCUGAAAUGGCACUAUAGCACAAUUAUAUUUAGGAUUAAAUUCAUUUGUGCAGAUUUUCAUGCUUUUUUUCCCCAAAGUGAAUGUAUUUGUCUUGAAGUUCAUAACUAGUUCCUCUUGUAUUAUUAAAAUGUUAGAUAACACAUGAUCAAAAUACUAGUCCUUUGGAAAACAGCAGUCGAACACUAACUUACUUGACAUACUUGAACUGGUAAGGCCACUCAAGACUGUCCUACAGAUUCAAAGGUGAUUUCGUUAUCCCUGGAACCGCUGUCUAACAUCAAGGUCAAAUGCUUCUUUUGUCCAUCUGCUGAGCACUUUUGCGCCUCCAGUGUCUCAAGAGCUUAAAUGAAAACUUUUUCGCACUACUAAUGCAUUGUUUUGUUAUGCGUAGGAGGAAGACGCUACGUUCUGAAUCAGGCAUCUUAUGGACCAAGUUUGAAUUAUGUUGCACUACUGUGGAAUGUUUUGUGGACUGUUGCAAAAUUUGUUUAAAUGCACAGCAAAUUCUCUCUGUGGACAUGAAUGCGGGAAUUUGCCUAUGUGAAUACAUUUUCUUUUAGUAUGCAUGGAUAUAAAUUAACAAACAUUGUUUUCAUCUGUUUUAAUCAGGUUUAUCUUGAUGUUUGUUUGUUUGUUUGUUUGUUUGUUUGUUUUUAUUAGUGCUAACAAAUUAUGUAGACAUUAACAGUUCAUAAAAACUCAUAAACUGUAUAACGCAUGGAAAACAUACCCAGAAAUCUCUGUGCAUCCUAAUAAUUGGGUUUCUAAUAGCAAGUUGGCAAGAAUUAUGGUUCACUUUUAUUGGCUCAUACCAUCUGAGACGCACUUUGCGUCCUUAUUAUGGCCUUUUUGCGAUGGUGUUCCUUUGCUUUAUACUUUCUGCAAGAGAACUAAAAAUAAGAGACACUUAACUACAUAUUUUACUAAAUUACCUGUGUCUGUUACCAGUUGCUCACUGGCACUUUCUUGCAGUGCGUUUGGUUUGUUUGGGUGUAUAAAUUUACUGGUUGAAGUCUGAAAAAAAUGCAAAAACUAGUAAAUUCACCAAGUGUUACCACAAAUUAAGUUAAAACAUUUUUGUGUUCAGCUUUUAGCCUUUUUUACUACUGCAUCAUAUACAUUCAUGACCAUCCAAAACCAUUAUUUAUCCUGAGUUUUGAAAUGGCCAAGUUACAUUUCACUCCGAAAUCAAACAAAAAAGAAAGAAAAUAAAUUAUAUUUUAGAAAAAGAAAAUAAUAGGCUUAUUUUUAGCACCAUUAGGAUUUUUUUGUUGUUGUUGUUGUUUUUUAUUUUUAUUUAUUUUUUUGCAUUUUUAUUUUCAAGAUAAUCAGAAAAUUUUCCCCGCAAAUGUUCAUUUCUGCAGUGCAAAAAAGUAAAAAAAAAAAAAACAAUUUGAAUUUACAUUUCUGUAAUACAGUAAUGGAAAUCAACCUGUCUGGACACAAUGAUUUAUUUUAUUAUUACUAUAGUUGGCUUAAAUAAAAUACUUAAAACUAAUACCAUAAUAUACAUUUAAUAAUUAAAUAUUUACAAUUUAAAUAUAAUUUUUUUUGUGCAUUAUGGUAAUGAGAAAGUGAAAUAAACAUGUCACAUUUUACCCCAAAAUAAAUAAAAUAGAAAAAAGACAGUAAAUUAUAUUUUGGAAAAACAAAAAUUAUUCUUAUUUUUAGGACCUGAUUUUUUGCAUUGCAUUUUCAUUAUAAUAAGGAUUAUUUUACUCACAAAUUUUCAUUACCAUAAUGUCAAAAAAAAAAAAUCUAAUGAAAAUCAACACAAUGAUUUAUUUUAUUAUUAUUAUUAAAAUCAUCUUAAACUAAAUAUUUAAAGCAUAUUACCAUGAUGUAUAAAUGCUUUGCAAUUUAAAUGUACUUUUUUUGUGCAUUACGGUAAUGAGAAUGAGAAAUAAAAGGGUCACAUUUCACCCCAAAAUAAAAAAAAAAGACUAUAAAUUAUAAUUUUGAAAAAGAAAAAUUAAGCUUAUUUUUAGGAACGUGAUGAUUUUUUGCAAUGUAUUUUCAUUAUAAUAAGGAUUCUUUUCCCCUCAAAUUUUCAUUACCAUAAUGCCAAAAAUAUCUAAUGAGAAUCAGCCUGUCUGGACACAAUGAUUUACUAAUUAUUACUUUUAUUAAAAUCAGUUGAAAUGAAAUAUUUAAAACAUAUAAUGCCUUUAUACUGUAUAAAGGCUUUGCAAUUUAAAUAUACUUUUUUUGUGUGCAUUACGAUAAUGAGAAUGAGAAAUAAACGGGUCAAAUUUCACCCCAAAAUUUUAAAAAAAUACAAAUUAUAUUUUGGAAAAAGAAAACUUAAGCUCAGUUUUAGGACUGUUAUGAUUUUUUGCUUUACAUUUUCAUUAUAAUAAGUUUUAUUUUCCCCACAAAUUUUCCUUACCAUAAUGGCAAAAAAAAAAAAAAACUAAUGAAAAUCAACCUGUCUGGACACAAUUAUUUUUUUUUAAUUAAUAUUAUUAGUAGUAUUAUUAUUCAAAUCAGCUUAAAUAAAAUAUUUAAAACAUAUACUACCAUGAUGUAUAAAUGUUUAACAAUUUUUUUUUUUUGUUUUUUUUUUGUUUUUUUUUUUGCACUUAAAAUAUCAAAAUGCAAUAUAUAGUCACAAUGCAAAAAAUCUUAAUGAGCGUAAAAUAUGCUUUAUUUUCUUUUUGCUAAAUAAUUGUUUUUUUUAUUUAUUUAUUUAUUUGUUUUGGGGGGGGUGAAAUACAUCCCGAUUUGCUUGACUAAUUUCAUGAGAUUCACCCUUUUAGAACAAGGCAACUUUAUGUUGAAGAAAUACUACCGAUAGAUAAACAGAAACCCAUAUUUCUAUGAGCAGACGAUGACUGUGCCUGAAUACUUACUGUAAAAUGGUUUUAUUUUCCCUGUACAAGCCUGAAAAUUGGCUGGAAAUUCCUGCUAGUGGACCUUGUUUAUAGUUCUCAUUGUACCAUUUACUGUUUACAGGAAUAGCAGUGCAGUGUUUAAACUGUCAUUUUCUGCUACAGAAGUUGACGUGAACAGUUGGGUGUAUGUAAGCCUGUGAAUUCACAUGUAAAUCAUGCUAUUCUACCAAUCACUGAGUAGCUUUGUAACUUUUAAUGAAAAAACACUGUAAACACUGUAGGCUAUGCACUUCAGUUGAAAUAUAUGUAACAAUAUCAUGGUGUUUGUGACAAUAUCAAGCCAUUCAUUAGACAACAUUGUCUAACUCCAGUGCUUUGAAUACCUAAAGCUUAUAUACUGUAGGUGAUGACCGUAUGACUGCAUUCUGGAUCUAUUUAAGGAAAAACACUGUUCUUAGGCAUGAUGAGGUGGCAAUAAUUUAUUUAUGCAUCUUUAUAGGCUUUCCCCAUUUGUUACAGGUAUUGUCCGCAAUAUUUAUUUCAUUCAUCUGUGAUAGUCAUCUCAACUUAAUCGUCUUUUGGCCUGGUGUGCAGCAGUUAAAACUGUAAUAUUUAUGUAAAUAUUAAAGGCAUUGCACUGCUCCUAAAACACUAUACUGUAUUUACAUUUGUACAGCUAAAACCGUGUACAGCCAACCAUGAAUCUUUCUGUUUGCUUUGUCCUUUCAGAUUUCUGUCUAUGUCAGGAAGAUCUAAUCAUUCGCUUGCGAUUGCUGUUUUUAGCAGUUUUGUAUCUCAGCCUCCCUUAAAAAUGAUCUUUUGUAUGAUGUCAUCCUCAAACUGUUCCAUGACUUUCAAGAAUAAAAUAGGCAUUUACUGACAAAACUAUAUAAAGAAACAAUUCUUUGUUA